AUGCGACCCUUCACGUCGUCGUCGCAUCGAUAUGAGAUAAGAGACCUCGAAUCCCUUUCUCAUCGGCUGAUACCCAAAUACCAAGAAUCCCAGGAGGCGGAUCUUCUCUCGCUGCAGUGGCCGAUCCCCCUUCGAAACAUCUUCGUGGUCAAGAAAGACUGCGUUCCGGCGGUCACCGAGUCUCUGAUCGAAUUUGCCAGCCAUGUCACGUCCACAUACCCGUCGACCGCCAUCAUUCUCGAACCGAAAACAGCAGAAGAAGUCCACACAUCGCUCCCUUGUCCCGUCUACACGGCGCAGUCGGACAAACUACCAUCGUCGCUACAUAAGAAAGUGGACCUUACGGUUACGCUGGGAGGAGACGGGACGAUCUUGCAUGCCUCGUCGCUGUUUGCCACGUGCCACAACGUGCCGCCCGUACUAUCCUUCAGUAUGGGGACCCUGGGCUUCUUAAGCGAAUGGAAGUUUGCCGAGUACAAGCGCGCAUUUCGCGAAGUCUACAUGUCCGGAGCGGGUGUUGGGGACCGGGCGCCCAUCCUGGAAGACCGAGCUGUGGCCACGACGGCGCACGAUCGGCUGCCGUCGGGGACUGGCCCGACCGGGUGGUCCUCGGUGCGCGGCAAAUCGAUGGGCGCCAGCCGUGGUGCCCGCAUUCUGAUGCGCAAUCGGUUGAAAGUCGGGUUGUUCACGGCCGACGGCACGCCCGUUCAACGGGACCAGAACUCGGUCCCUAUGCAGGGCACCUUGGGCCGGGACGGCGUGUACGUGAUGAAUGAGGUGCUGUUCCACCGCGGAAAGGAGCCGCAUCUCGCUGUGGUGGACUUGUACGUUGGCGGGCGGUUUCUCACCGAGGCCGUCGCGGACGGAAUUAUCAUUUCGACGCCCACCGGCAGUACGGCCUACAGCCUGAGUAGCGGCGGCAGCAUCGUGCAUCCGCUAGUGCCUUCGAUUCUCUUGACGCCGAUCUGCGCGCGGAGCCUCAGUUUCCGGCCGCUGGUGCUGCCCUCCAGCACGCCGAUCACGCUGCGGCUCAGCGAGAAGAACCGGGGCCGCGAGCUAGAAGUGAGCAUCGACGGGGUCAACAUGGGCCAGGGGAUGGCCGUCGGGAUGGAGGCGCGAGUCUGGAACGAAGAGAUGCGGCACGGGGAGAAUGAAUGGCAGGGCGGCGUGCCAUGCGUGAUGCGUCGGAUUGUCGGCAGCGAGGCGCAUGACGGAUGGGUGGGCGGAUUGAACGGACUCCUGAAGUUCAACUAUCCUUUCGGCGAGGACCCUUGA